UGUCUCUGAAUGUAGAACAUGAUAUGCAAUUUGCAUGAAUACCGUUACUUUAUCUCUGUAACUUGCCACCAGGUAGUCUAAGUAAAGAUGUUAAUAUAAUUCUUAUGAUUUUGUUUUAUGGAAGCCACGCCCAGAUUCUGAAUCCUAGAACUGUAUUGGCCAGACUGUCGGACACUGAAGUCCGUAUUGGCUGUUUUUCUUUCAUAAGGGUCUCAAAGAACUAGAGAUUUGGAAUAUUGGGUUACAGUGUGGCAAAAUGGCGACUGUCAUUCAGAAUCCACUGAAAGCACUUGGUGACCAGUUCUACAAGGAGGCCAUUGAGCACUGUCGCAGCUACAAUGCCCGUUUGUGUGCAGAGCGCAGCGUACGCAUGCCCUUCCUGGACUCUCAGACAGGCGUUGCUCAGAACAACUGUUACAUCUGGAUGGAGAAGCGUCACCGAGGACCAGGGUUGGCGGCAGGUCAGAUGUACACCUACCCAGCACGUUGCUGGAGAAAGAAGAGGCGACUCCAUCAGCCAAUUGACCCUCAGCUUCGCCUUUGUGAACUCCGACUUGAGGCUGAGCUGAUGGCCAAGAGAGAAGCUCCACCCACAGAGGCCACAGCCCUGGAGGCACUGUUAAGGGGUGACGGGCUCCUGGACAAGAGGAACAACAACUCUAAAGAGGAAGAGACAUUGCUGGAAAUCCAGAGGGUGCUUGAGGCAGAUGAAAAUGGGGAUGGUUUCCAUGAUGAUGAGGAUUUUGAAGUGGACACACCAAAGAGGAAGCAUCGAAACAAAGGCAGGAGUCGAGGCUCUGGACGCAGGCGAACAGAAGCGGUGGCCAACGAUGAUCAGGAUAAACCCUACGUGUGUGACAACAGAUACAAACAAAAGCAUAACUCAAAAACUACUGAUGCAGUUUGUGGAAAACGUUACAAAAACCGCCCUGGACUAAGCUACCACUAUGCCCAUACUCACCUUGCUGAAGAGGAGGGUGAGGAAGAGCGAGAAACUGAAAUACCCCAGUCUCCUCCUGUCCACCCUGAGAACCACAAACCACAGAAAGGGCCUGAUGGCACAAUCAUCCCCAAUGACUACUGUGACUUCUGUCUGGGUGACUCCGGCUCCAAUAGGAAGACAGGCCAAGCUGAGAAGCUGGUUUCCUGCUCGGACUGUGGCCGCUCUGCUGAUCGCGUCGGCGGGACCAGGGCGAAGAGGAGGACGAGUGGAGUUCUGGACAUGUUCGGCGACACAUCCGAAAGCGAGGCAUCCACCUUUCAUGGCUUUGAGGAGGACGACCUGGACGGGCUUCUGUCCGAUGACAGCACAGGCUCACCUCAGUGCAGAUAGACAAAGAAUCGCAAGCACUGAAACUGAAAAAACAAAAAAGCUUCAGAGGAACUUUUGGCAUGUGUCUGCUGCCUGUUUUUUUUAUUUUUCUUCUUUCUGUUGUUUUGCUGCAACAUGCAUAAUGGAUUCGCAUCUUCAGACACAGCGUUAACUUCAGGAAUUGCUUUCAAAAGACAAGCUGCAACCUUUUCUAAAUUAAGGAAUGUUGUUUUUAUUGCAUCACACUUCUGUAUACAGAGAGGUGCUAGUUAUUGGACAGAUGAGCCAUUUCUUUCGGACUGUUUUCCGCUAUGGAAAUUUGCAGGGACAUUACCAAUGUGUGGACAUGGAUAACAUAUCACCAUGUACUGUAAGAUAGAAUGCCACCUAUGUGGAAUUCACUUUUGAAAUAGAAAUUAAAGAAUUGCAAACUUAACCUCAAGAUUUUAAAAGGAGGAAAUACUCAGCAUGUGUCUGUAGGUCGGCAAGUGAAGAGGGUUUUUUCUCCUAUCUCUGGAUAAAUACUAUAUUUGCAAAGAAAAGGGAUCACGAGAUUUGGCCCAGAGUCCAAUGGAGAGGCAGAGAAUGGGCUAAGGCCAGGCCCUGAUUGGAUCCAGAGGAAAGGCAGGACAGUUUGCAGAGAGGUAAGAGCCAAUAGGCAUUUAAAUGUCCAUCUCUCCUCCAUUCUCAGGACAGCUUCUAAAUAAUAAUUAUAAUAAUAUCAAAUCAGUUUGCUGGAGGAUACAUGAUACUUGGCCUCUCCCUAGUUGUGUUGGGUAACCAAAAGAAAAGAAGAGUGACUUAUUGUAAGAAUGGACUAUUUUUUGUGUAACUUCCAUUUACAGAUCAUAUUCAGGAAGCCCUUAAAGCUGAAGUGUGUCAUCUCUGUGCCACCUUUUCCACCAAACAGAAUAGCAAAAAUAAGGAUGGUUUUUGGAACUCUCCUCCUGCCAUUGGUCAACAAAACAGAUCAAAACAGUCCUGGCCUAAACUCACUCCAUUGGUUGAGCCAGUCAAGUUGUGUCGGGCUGGGGUGCGUUUCCCAAAAGCAUAAUUAGCCAGCUAUGGUCUCAAGUUCCAUUGAUACCAACAUAGUUCAAUAAUUUGGUGAUUUCCUGAAACCGACCCUCCACCUGUGGUUAGACACAAGUGUAGUUCCUUGUUAGUUUGCUGUGUGGACAUCAUUUCACAUCGAUGAGGCUUCUGUAUCUUUUAUCCAUAUAUAUAUUUCAUUCUGUCAAGACUUUGACAAUGUUUACUUGUACUUCAGAAAAACGGCUUAUUUCAGGGUUUGCCAGAAAGUGGUGUUUAAACGUCACGUAAACGCAGAUUCAGCCGUUUAAGGGAUUUAAGGCUGUGAAGAGAAAGUGCUUUAACACACAGUUUCAUUUAGAGAACCAGCUUAUGUGUCUAUGUUAAUGCAUAAGUGGCAUUCUGAUUGAAGAAGGCAAAUGUGCGUAUGUGCUCAAAUGCGUCGGGGGAACUCCGAAGUCUGAUUUAAAGGGAAACCCCGAUUGCAGCACAACGUAUCUGUCUCAAGUAUCUUCUGGAGUAUGUGUAAAUGAGGUGUUAUAAUUUGAUAUCUGCAGAAAUUAUUACUCCACCCCCUGUGUAAUGUCAUUAACGACAGCUUUAUAUUGUUGAACCAACGUGGUUCGAUUGACGGAAGUGCGACAUAGUUACUACGGUUUUGAGAAACAUUUGUGACCAGCUAGUUAAUUUCUCCAACGAUGCAUCAUACUAUGAUGAAUAAGCAGUGAGUUAGGUAGUUGCACGGGAAACACACCCCUUGUCAGGAUGCUCAAACAAACAGAGCAAUGUUUUGGUAGCGCCACAGAGCCAAUGUUGACACUUUUCCGGGUAAUCAUCCUAUGAAUGCCUUACUUAUAGUUGUCUCUGCAUAUUAACAUGGAUUAGAGAAAACAUUUUAACAUCGAAAAAAAUUAAACACUUCAGCUUUAAAGGAAGGUCAUUUUUAAGGACAGGCACAACUGUUGCAAAUGUGCAAUGAUUCUGAUGAUCUUAUGAUGGUAAUGAAGACUUUGUUUUCCACAUAAAAUCGCAUCUGGAAUGUUCAUGUCAGUGAAAGGAUGAUAAGAGCUUUGAGUAUUGACUCCACUGUGUAAACUGCAAAUAGUACACUGGAUUGCAAGCACAUAAAGCAUCCUAAAUUCAAUAGGAAAAUGCAGUAAAUGUGAACUAGAAAGCAGAAUACAUGCAGUAAAGGCACAAUACACAUUACUUACUGUACAGUGACAUCACCCAGGUAAUAUGGGGGUAUUUCCUUGUAUCCAUUUGUAUUAUCAAAAUGAGGUAUAUUUGCUCUUUAAAAGCUCUUCUAUUUACUGUCACGGUGAACUCAUCUGUCUCUUUUGAAUUGAAAUUGAAAAAUGUUCAUUGUUAAUGCUUUCAAUCUUGUCUCUAUUUCAGGGAGUUCAUUUUUUUAAAAUAAUAAUAUAAUUUAUUAAAAUAUUGUAUAAUGUACAGUAUAUAGGCCCACAAAUUGUUGCAGGCUAAAAAGUGAUGUUCUAUAACAGCUCCUAAUGCUAUUUCUUCCAAUGUCUAUAUCUAAGCUCUGAAAAUGUUUAACAUUUGAAGUUUUAAUAAGCCAAAGUGCAUCAUGAUUGGAGAUGAUGCUUGGAACUGCUUCUGUGUCAUGCAGACCCAUGGCCAUCUAAACCUGGCACAAACCACACAAACACACAACACGUAUACUUUAUUGAACAUGUCAUCCAGGCUGUGGUAGGGUCCUGUUACCCCAAAUGUCAGACUGCAAGUCUUUCACUGGACUUUGUUACUGAAAAAAUAUUAAACAUUUUACUUUUUAUGAAUUACUCUUGAGUUAAGUUUGUUUCAAGGAAAGAAGACAAGAAACACUAAAAAAAUGUAAUUAUAUAGUUUGCUUAACUGUAUCUUUAGGAGCAUAAUACAACUCAUAAAUAACAAGUGAUUGUAUGUAAGAGGUACACACAUUUUUCUCUUAAAAAUUUUACACUUAAAAAAUAUCUCUAAAUGAUACACACAUGUAGCGGGUCACCUCAGGGGGCAGAAUGAAUACGAUUCACUUUAUCUUGGUAACCCCCCUAUUAUUGGACACUUUCAUUAACAGAAUAAAUUAAUAUGACUGAAUAGAGCAUUUCUAUAGUAGCUUCAGUAUAUCUAAACUGUUGCUUUUGCGUGAUACUGCAUCCAUGCUGCUAGAUCCAUGCUGCUUAGUAAACUUUAUGCCCAAGACUACUACCAUAUUGGCCAGUACAAUAUUAACUAAAAAUUAUUGAGUGAAUUUUAAAGAAUUCUUCCACAUCAUCUGAAUUUUUAAGUAUAAAAUGGAACAAAAACAUAUUAAAUCAGUCCUGUUUCCAUGCACUUGCAAGAAAAUAAAAGGCCACCUGGAAUGUGUAUCAAGACAAAAGAUGCAUGUCUAAAUCCUGGAAUAAUAUUCACAACAUAAUGUUGCAUGUGAAUACCAGGGACAGUGCCCGAAAAGAAGAAAGAGGCAGCAAUGCUUAUGAAACUCCCUGUAGGGAAAGAGCUUCUCAUAACAUCCGACUUCAAGCCAAGGCCCCAGAUGCUUUCCAAACUGGGAGGACUGCACAUGCUUUACUGGGCAUCCAAGCGCGAGGAGCCUGCUGUUCUCACAAUCUCAUUGAGGAAAUGAGCAGGUCGAGGAACUGACACCUCCCUAAGAGACAGAAAGACAGAGAGAGAGAAGAGAGGUUACAGAACCAUCUGCCAUUUUCCAAACCUGUGCUCACAUGACCCUCUU